AUGAAAAGAAUAAAGGAAAAUGAAAAACAUCUGAAUACUGUGGACGAGAAGAGAAAGAAAUUCGAGAACGACACAUCCUGUAAAGAAGAAGACGAAUCGUUUGCAAAAACUAUGACCGGACCGCAAAGUUCGCAACCGAUGACAGAGAAACUACUCGGAGUCCAGUGGUGCACAGAAGAAGAUUGUUUUAUUUUCGACUGCAAGCAAUUUCUUGACGAGGAGCCCAAACAACACCCAACAAAGAAAGAUGUUGUUCGAGUGACGUCGAAAAUUUAUGAUCCUAUGGGAAUUAUUACGCCACUGACUGUAAAACUGAAACUGUUUUGUCAGAGCUUAUUUAAGAAAGACAUUGGAUGGGAUGAACCGUUAGAUGAAGAGUCAUCCAAUACUUGGAAAUUGUUACAACAGGAAUUAAGAGAAGCGACGCCAAUUAAAAUACCACGGUGUUAUUUCAACGGAGUUAUAUCUGAAGAUAUCACCGCUAGUUUGGAAGGAUUCUGUGAUUCAUCAGUGAAGGCAUAUGCGGCCGUCGUGUAUUUAAGGCUAGAAACAAGAGAUGGCGUCCAAUUGAACAUCGUAGCUUCAAAAACUAGAGUAGCACCUUUGACGAAGCAAUCUAUACCGAGACUUGAACUGCUUUCAGCACUAAUAUUGGCAAGAUGAAUAACGCAUGUAAAGGAAGCAUUGAAAGGAUAUAUCAAUAUUUCAUCCAUACGUUGUUGGUCGGAUUCGGAAGUUGCGCUCUACUGGAUAUGUGGCGAAACUCGUGAGUGGAAACAGUUUGUACAAAAUAGAGUCCUAGAAAUAAGAAGUCUUGUUCCACCAGAACUGUGGAAUCACUGUGCUAGCAAGGAUAACCCGGCUGACAUUCCGUCGCGAGGAACAUCCCCAGUAGAACUAUCAAACAGUAUGUGGUUUAGCGGACCAAAAUGGCUGAAGAUCUACGCCGAUCCGAGUGAACAAACAAGUAUGAAUGAGAGUGAACCUCCAGAGGAAGUGAUCAAGGAAAUGAAAUUAGAGAAGUCAAAGAAACCUUCAGAAACGUCAUCCUUUAACACGACCUGUGAAGUAGGACAUAUUGGUGAAAUUGUCGAUUGUAAGAGAUUUAGUAGCUUAAACAAACUACAGAGAACUACAGCGAUAGUGUUGAAAUUUAUCCAGAUGUUGAAAUCAAAGAGAGAUCCGACCGUUAAAGCAAAGCCAUUAACAGAUUACAUGCUACAAGCGGAGGAACUUUGGUUAAAAGAUGUUCAAUUUCAACUGAUGUCGAAGGCGAAGACAAGAAAAUGGGAGCGAGAAUUCGGACUGUACCGUGAUGAAAGAGGUAUUUUGAGAUGUGAAGGCAGACUCAAGAAUGCAGAAUUAACUACGACGCAGAAACACCCAGCAAUCUUGGAUGCGGAACAUUACGUAACGUCACUAAUAGUGAGAGAUAGUCACGAAAGAGUAAAACACAAUGGUGUAAAGGAAACCUUAACAGAGAUUAGAUCGAAAUUUUGGAUUGUUAGAGGUCGUCAAUACGUGCGAAAACUGAUACAUGAAUGUGCGGUAUGUCGUCGACAGGAAGGAAUUGCUUACAAACCACCAGAUCCACCAGCCAUGGCGAGAAAUAUUGGACAUGGUCAAAAUUCUUGUACCCAGAUCCCAGAUGGUAAAAUUCUUGCGCGCGUGCAGCAAAAUGACCACUAUCUCGUUUUGUAAAGAGUUGGAUAAUCUUACGACGGCUGAUUAUUACGCUGUUUCUAACCAAAAGAAAAGGAGAAAGAAUGAGUACGGGGAAAAUUAUUUUGCCAUAGAUCGUUUAAUUGUCGAGAGAAGCGAGCAAUGCGUAAGUUCGGAAUACAACAACAUAAAAAAUAAGCAAAAAAGCUGAUAUUGGCACUGAAAAUGACCAAAAUUGCGAAAAAAUAUUCGAAAAUGUUUGAAACCAUGGCAACAAGCCAAGGCUCGGUUGCUUAGCAAAGAUGGCCGAUUAAAAACAACUUCAGUUCUUUCUCGAAGUGUUUUUGAUGGAAAACGGCUGAUUUUGAUAAAAUAUAAGCACAAAACAUGCUGAUUUUGAAGGGCAAAACCGCAAGAAGUAUAUAUUCUUCACGUUUUUGCACUGAUGAGUGUUCAAGAUCAUUGCUUGAAAUUUUGAAAACCGUUGGAAACGUUUGCAUAUUGUUGGCUGAUCUCACGUAAACCUUAGAUGAACGAUAGCCAAAAUCGAGAAUUCGACGUCAAUAACUGCAUUUCCCUAUGUUCACACGCUGUUGGCUAUUUUGUGAAAAACCGCAAGAGAUAUGAGCGUCUGAAUACUAUCUAUUAUAUCAAAAUAUCGGGUUUUACGUCUUAAAACAAAAUCAGUUGGAAAUGAGAAACAUUUUCAAAAGAAUUUUGAGGUAAGGCCAUACUUGUUCUUUACCCCAUUCAAACUCCUAUAGUUUUGCGUGCCCAUUUUGUUUCAAAUGUUUUCCAAGUCUGUGUAUUUACUGCGCGUGCGUGACCAAUAUUUCUCGCCAUGUGUAGUUAUGUGCUUGGUUAUCCAAAGGGCCUAUGUCAAUACAACGACAACAGUCAGGUGUAAUAAACUCUUACAGUUUAUACCAGGUUUGUACAUUCCAGCAUUAAAUCAAGCUGUACGUGCAGGUAGCUUUCUAAAGUCAACGGCCAGUAGUUUAUUACAAAAAUCAAAAUACCUUCAUCUGUUGCUACCGUCUCAAAGUAGCUCGAUCGAGAGCUUGGGACCAGAUUUUGAUCAUCAGCAGUUUCAGCCACAUUUGAAUUUAGUUCGCAGUUUGAGUGAACUGUGGGAUCUGUAAUGAAGUUGAAGGACUUGCAUUUGGAAUUCAGUGAAUUCUCUAACGAACAAUGAUGAGCACAUGUUAUUUGGUUUUGUGCAGUUAUGGAUCGCAAAAGACUAUCCUUGAGUCGAUACUCUGCCAAAAAAAACAAGAGAUUAGACAAUGAAUCGAUAAAGUUCAAAAUAAUUAUCGAAAGUUCAAAAGGGAAAUUCUCAAGGAAAUUCCUGCAUUAUAUAUUCCAAUUUAUAUGCUCUAAUACUAUCAGAUGAAGCAAGGUAGAAAUUUAUUGUCCAGUGCAAGUUUGGAUCGUUUAACUUAAACUCUCUUUUGUUUGAUCCGAAAGAUAAUAUUUUCACCAUGUUUGCUGGAAGAUCGAAAAUCAAGCCACUCGGAUACUGUAUUUAAUUCAACGCACUGCAAUGAAGUUUAAAUAAACCUAACCGAGUCUUAUAAACGCCAACUUAGCUGCCUUUGCCUAAGGGUAAUUUCUUGAAGAAAACUGCAUGGAGAACCCGUAGAAUAUAAGGUUAUAUAUACAAUAACCUUGCUGGUGGGCUCCCUAAAUGCCCACAUCGACUGUAUUCAUCAAAAAAUUGGACUGAGAUGCAUUUUCAGUUUAAUUUUAAACACAGCAGGAUCCUUUCAUGUUUGCUACUCGUUCGCAUUUAAUUAAUAUCAUUUCAGGGUGGCAUUUUCGUUUAUAAAUAAAUUUAUAUUGGAAGCUAAUUUUUCACACAUAUUGACAUAUUUCUUUAAUAAACCUGAAAUUUAUUCAGACCGACAAUCGUAUACCAAAGGUUAAUCGAAGGGCCUUUUCCCCACUUCAAUGGUCCAAAGUUACAAAACCAGAUGCGCGAUGAGUAAUGCUGUGUAGUUGAAUGUGAAAACGAUGUGGCGAAGGUAUACAAACAUACAUGUAUACGAACAUCAUUCUUUCUUCGAACAACUAGAACUUGGAAAUAUCUCCCGGAGAAUUUAAGGCUUAAUAAUUUUUUUUAUUCAAUUUAAGAAAGGAAUAUUAGCAUACUACUUGACUGCAUUACGAUCCUUCAUCCUGCUACAACGUUGAUGAUUCACGAACUUGGAAGAAUGUCUGUAUCAAAUGUAACACAAGCAGACGUCAAAUGUGCUGCUGUGGUGUCACAGCUUCUUUAACGCAAUUGUUAUAUGAUGUUUGGAAGCGAAGCACAAUAAAUAAAAACAUGCAGGAUUAAAUUUAUCUGUCCCAAAAUGCUGAUUUUCCCUCGUGUCAAUUUAGAACAAGGGCGCUUUCCAUUUAAUGGCCUGACCCGUCAGAUCCGAAUUCUUCUCUGUAGCAAUGGAAAGAUCUGGUAUAUGUUUCUCAAAUAUCUAGCGAAAAUGGACCUCAUUCUAAUUUUAUCUAAAUUUUUCGGUCAGAUAGGUCCGAAGCCCUGUUGAAUGUUUCAUUCAACAAUUUGAACGUUCUGACCGGUCUGGCCAUGUUGAUGGAAAGCGUCCCAAGAGUUGAAUUUUCUUAUAUUGUUCAAAAUUUAUUACAUUAUACUAUAAAUAAACAGGGUCCGCGCCGGACAGUUGGUCGUAUAUUUUAGAGUGAAUUACUGUUUAAUUAGAAAAUAGUAAUUAAAAAAGUACUUUAAUUUUAAGAGUUUUAUCACAACCUCACCCAGGGCAUUUACUCCAAAUUAUACACUUAAUAUUAAAAUAUUUACGAAUUUUGGAAACAUUACUCAAUCUGUUCACUGUUUAAUUCGUACAGUUAACAAAUUGUCUAUAGUAGUCCAAUAUGUAUAUAUGUGCAUGUCGCCAGGUUGUCUAAUUGACACGCGUCUCAUAGUCG